AUGGACCACACCGUCUACAUCCUGGUGUUCCUUUCCAUGAACAUUCCAGGGCUCCUGCCUAAAAACAACACCACUUCAACAGAGUCUGUCCACUUCAGGUUGGUUGGAGGAGCCAAUCAUUGUCAUGGUAGCCUGGAGAUGAAACGACAGGAUGGAAACUGGAAACCAGUGAAUGGGUUACUCUGUCCUGGAGCUGAGAUGUUCAGGGGGACGCUCUAUGGAGAAGCAGAGGCUCCUGUGCUGCAGACGUUCCAGUGUGAAGGCCAUGAGUCUGCUCUGCUGGACUGUGGAAGCUCAGGGUCACAGAACUGCUCAUCUGGAACCGCUGUGGACCUUAUCUGCACAGAUCCUGAUGAUGUCAGACUGGUGGGAGGAGUCAGUCGCUGUAACGGUGAAGUAGAGAUGAAAUAUCAGGGAGAGUGGAGAUACAUGGGAUAUUAUAAUUCCUUUGACCCCUGGACCCUGAAGGCAGCAGAUGUCAUAUGUCGUCGACUGGACUGUGGAUCUGCUGUUUCUAGGAGAGGAUUUUAUUCAUCUAGUCCUACGUGGUCCAUCAGCCCCUACUGUCUUCUGUCUACAUCUACACUGAAGGACUGUGUGAAAACGGAUUCUGGCUUCGGAGGCUACAUCCUGUCCCUCACCUGUUCAGACUCUGUCAGACUGGUCCAUGGUUCCAGUCUGUGUUCAGGCAGACUGGAGGUUCGGUCCAACCAGUCCUGGACCUCAAUGUGUGAAGAGGGUUUGGACCUUAAUGAUACCCAAGUGGUCUGUAGGGAGCUGGGCUGUGGGGCUCCUGGGCUUCUCCAGGGGGGGCUCUAUGGAGAGGGGGAGGCUCCAGUCUGGACCAGUGAGCUCCAGUGUGAAGGCAAUGAGUCUGCUGUCCUGGACUGUAGAAGGUCCAGCUCCACUGGGAAGACCUGUUCACCUGCAACAGCUGCUGGACUCACCUGUACAGGUACCAAGGGGGCGUGGCUUUCAUAUGACAGUGUGUUUCUUUGACUCAUGUCUUUUUGUCUCUGCUUAGAUCCAGUUC